AUGGAGAAUAAUGGCAGGUUUCAUAUGAAAAAAUUGUAUUUGGGUUAUUUGCAACAUGUACCAAAAGUAGAGUGGAAGGGUUUGUUAUGCGGCGACAGAAGGAUUACACUGAAAGAUAGGCUGGCUAAGUUUGGUCGAAUUGAUGACAUUGAUUGUAUCUUCUACAAUGGUGUUGAAUCUUUAGAACAUAUAUUAUUUGAUUGUAGGUACACAAAACGGAUUUGGGAGGACGUUCUUAGUUGGAUUAAGGUGCGGCAUGAUCCUCUUGGCUGGAAUGAGGAGAUUACUUGGAUGAUAAAGAUAUGUAAUAGCAGAAACUCACGUGGUCAAAUAGUAAAAAUGGCAAUUGAGGAAAUAAUACACGAGACAUGGUGGGAUAGAAACCUAGUUGUUCAUAGCAUAGAUAAUAGUAACAAGAAUACUUCAAAGAGAGAUAUAGAUAAUAUUGUAAAUAGUAUGUGGGGUUACCCCAAACUUAGAGGGACAUUAGCUCAAAUAUUGAUGCUCUAG